AUGUUGCUGGGCUGCCCCGGGGCAGCUUUGCGAUGCCCUUGGGCAGACGCCUUGCAGAGUUGUAUAGAAGCCAGGCAGGCGCAGCUUCAGACGGACCUGCCUGGCCUCAACAGCGCCAUCAGCGCCUGUGAGAAGUCCGCGGCGUGGGAAGGGGCGCUCGGCCAGCUCAAAGGCAUGGAGCACCGGAGCCUCCGACCCAGCCUGGUCUCCUUCAACGCCUCCCUCAGCGCCUGCGACAAGGCCGAGCGAUGGCAGCAAGCCUUGAGGCGAUGUGCUGGGGUGCAGGAGUCCGGGGUGCAGCGCGACGUCAUCAGCUUCAACGCCACGGCGAGCGCCCUUGGGAGGAGCUCCCAGUGGCGGCGCGCGCUCCUCCUGGCCGUGGACGACCUGGUCGUUGUGGGCCUCCUGCCCUCCGUGGUGACCUUUGGAUCGGCGAUCAGCGCUUGCGAGAGGCAGGCGCUCUGGCAAACAGCGACCUCACUGCUGCCACAGGUGGACAGGGCUCGUUUGCGGUCGUCGGUCGUGGCCUACAACUCUGCCAUCAGCUCCUGCGAGAAGGGGGAACACUGGCAGCUGGCUCUCUUCUUGCUGGGAGAGCUUUGCGAAAGGCAGCUGCGGCCCAGCACGGUGACCUGCAACGCGGCCAUCAGCGCCUGUGAGAAGUCCGGGCAUUGGCAGUCGGCCCUUGGCAUUUUGAGUGACAUGCAUCCUCGGCAGCUUCCCCCCGAUGUGAUCACCCUGAACGCGUGCAUCGCCGCCUGUGCCAAGGGCUCCCAGUGGCAGAAAGCGGAGACCGUCCUGCGCGAGAUUCCGGAGCGAGGGCUUACGCCUACCCUGGUGAGCUACAGCUCGGCCCUCCACGCCUUCGAGCGGGGGGAGCAGUGGCAGAGGUCUCUGUCCCUCCUCCAGGAGAUCCAUCGAGCGCGCCUGGCUGCGGACGCGGUCUCCUUGAAUGCGGCGCUGAGCGCCUGUGAGAAGGCCGGCGAAUGGGAGGCGGCCCUGGCGCUGCUCUCUGAGCUGGGCUCACGACAGCUGCGGCCAACGCUGGUGACCUGCAAUGCGGCCAUGAGCGCCUGUGAGAAGGCAGAGCUCUGGCACGAGGCACUGCAUCUCUUCGACGAGGCAUGGAGAUGCGGCCUGGAAAGGGACGUGAUCUCUUUCAAUGCUCUGCUGAGCGCUCUGGGCAAGCGCUUGGAGUGGGAAAAGGCGCUCUUCCUGUUCUUUGACCUCAAGGCCAGAAGAUUGCGGCCGUCGGCUGUGACGUAUGGGACCAUGGCCAGUUGCAAUGAGCGGGCGUCACUUUGGCGGAGGUCGCUCCAGCUCACCUCGGAGGCGCAGGCUGCAGGGCUGCGCAGCGACGUGAUCCUGUGCACCGCAGCCGUCUCCGCCUGCUCCGAGUGUUCCGAAUGGCGGCAGAGCUUGCGAUUUUUGGGGUCCCUUCCUUCCGGGGCUUCUCUGGCUUUCGCCGCCGCGCUGCGCGGCUGCGAGCGCGCGGGAAGGCCUCAGCAGGCGUGGGCCAUCUUCUCGGAGGCGAAGGCGCGGGGCGUGGAGACCACGGCGACGAUGUUCUGCUUCCUGCAUGCCGCCUGGUGCCAAGAGGCCGACGUCGCCGUCACCGUCGUGGACGUCAGCGAUCAGGAUGUGUUCCUCAACAUCAUCACAGCCCCAGAGGAACCUCAGGCCCAUAGCCCAAGCACCUCCAUGUUCAACCCGGCGCAGACGAGUCGCAGUUUUGUAAAGCUUGGGCACCUCUGGGGCAUAGCGUUGAGGGAGUCGGAGUUAAGCUUCGACAUCGACUAUGACUACGCCGGGGCGACCGUGGAGAGCAACACCACGGCUGCCGACUCCGUUGCUUGCCAAGCGCUUUGUGCGGCCAGCGCCACGUGCCUCCAUUUCCGCUACGUCUACGACGCUUCUUCUCCCGACUUCCAGCGCUGCGACCUUCUCUCCUCAGGCUCUCUGCAGUGGGAUGUGGGUUUAGGGUUUAGGGUUUAG